AUGACCAAUCCCAAGCUUUCCUCGGAGUUUCAGAUCCUAAAGGAAAAGCUCAACGAACACUUGAAGCAAAUGGAGCAGAGCGCCGAGAAACUCAGCCAGCUCGAAUCGGAGAAUCUCAUCCUCCGAGACGAAAACCAAGCCCUUAAUGCGAAAAGCAACAAGAAGCGUCGAUUCCGGACUCGGGUUCGCCCUAUGCCGACUCUGGAAACACCCAACUCCGAGACAAGCGCGAACCCCAACUACGGUGCCAUCCAUGGUAGAGACACUCCCGGGGUAGCUCCCACCAUCCAGAAGAGCAACCCUGAUUCCUACGCCGAUACUGCUUUGACAGAUGAGAUCACCUUGAUAGAGAUGCCCAAGAAGUUCUCUUUCCCCAGCAUAAAGGCCUACGAUGGCACCACUGAUCCGGACGAUCACGUCGCCCAAUAUAGACAAAGGAUGCUAGCCGUUGCAAUCCCAAAGGGGUCACGCAAAGCUACCAUGUGGAAAGGUUUCGGCUCCACCUUGACCAGACCUGCUCUGCAGUGGUAUAUCAAUUUGCCAUCCCUGUCCAUAGCCUCCUUCGCAGUUCUCAGCGACAUAUUUGUGGAAGAAUUCGCCAGCAGCAGGGACCUGGAGAAAACUUCUGACAGCCUCUACGAAAUCCUCCAGCACCGAGCGGAAUUCCUGCGAGGCUACAUAGCCUGCUUCAAUCAAGAAAAGGUGGCUAUCCCCGAAUGCAGCAUCCCCACUGCUAUCUCUGCUUUCAAGAGAGGUCUGCUCCCCGACAGAGAUCUCUACAAGGAACUGACCAAAUAUCAGUGCAAAACUAUGGAAGACGUCCUAUCUCGACCCAGGGCGCAUGUCAAAUGGGAGGAAGACGUUGCCAGCCGUGCCAAGGCGCAACAAAAGCAAGACCCUAAGGCGAUCAGACAAGACCGAACCGAGCUAGAUUUCAAAGACCAGCUAGGGAUUACGGGAAUCGAAACUGGGGCAGCUUAUCCAUCGUUCAGUGGUACUCUGAAAGAGCCUACACAAAAAUCUCCUAACAGUUUGUCGCUAGAAGGAGAGGAACAAUCUAACUAUGUGAUGAUGGCGAUGGAUGAGCGCAACGAGCUAUCCGAAGCCGUUCGAGGAAAAGCCGAGCCCCAUGGGCUACCCGGCGACUUGCAAAGCCCUGAAACUAAACUAUAUCAGAUCCAUGUCAUAUCCGGGGGACUGGAGGCAGGCAACCUAUGCCACCCCACCGUCAAGAGAAACACCAACAGUGUGGGGGACGACCCCAAAACCACCAAGGCAGAACACCCUGGGACCGAUAGGAUAGGCUUCACUUCUGAAGAACGAGAGAAGGUCUUGGUUCCACAUCACGACGCCCUCGUCAUCUCACUUACUAUAGCAAACUGUCUGGUCAAGAGGAUGUCGGUGGACAGUGGUAGCUCUUAUAACAUCAUCUUCCAGACCGCAUAUCAAGGUCUAGGGUUGGGGGAAAAUGCCCUGAUACGCAAAGCGACCCCUCUCAUCGCGUUCAGCGGGGAAAUCAGCCGAUCAACGGUGGAAACCAUCCUUCCUACCUACGCCAAAGGAGUCCACUUACACACCAAUUUCCUGGUCGUUAACUGCCACUCUUCCUAUAAUGGGAUCUUGGGCCGAGCAUGGAUUCACAACAUGGGGGCGAUCCCUUCAACUUUCCAUCAGAUAGUUAAAUUCCCCACACCCUGGGCAUUAGGGCUAUUAAUAGAGAUCAGGAAACCGCUCGCCACUGCUACUAGGUCGCUCUAA